AUGUUGAUCAGAAUCAGGUCGAAGGAUGGAAAUUUUCGGUUUGAUCUGUCACCUACGACCGAUAUAUCAGAACUGGCGACGAAGAUUCUCGAGACCACACACAACGCCGAUAUCUUGACACUCGCGAUUUCUAAUCGUCCCAGGGGAAACGAAACGUUGGUGUCCACCUUGGCAGGACGCAACUUGCAGGACUUGGGUCUCUCGCAUGGAGAUCUUGUUUUCGUCUCCUAUAAAUCACAACCCGAUGCCACCUCCAAUACUCCUGGGACCGACUCAUUCCCUGCGCCGAAAGCUACAAGCAGCACCUCAAAUCAUCCAUGGGAAUCUGUACAAGAAGACCGAGUUGAUAAGUACUGGCGCUCGCGCGAUGGUAUGAUUCCGCGCUCGCGCGACGCACGUUUCUGCAAGCAUGGCGCGAACGCGAUGUGUGACUACUGCAUGCCCCUCGAGCCGUACGACGCGUCGUACCACACGGAGCACAACGUCAAACACCUGUCAUUCCACGCAUAUCUUCGCAAGCUCACGCCGAAAGGCUCUGCAUCCGCGUCCGCGACGGCGUCUCUGCCGCCCCUCUCUCAGCUUUCGUACAAGGUUAAGGACCCAUGCCCCUCGGGUGGACAUCCGCCGUGGCCAGGGGGGAUUUGUACGGCAUGCCAGCCAUCCGCUAUCACGCUGCAGAGUCCGCCAUUCCGGAUGGUGGACCAUCUUGAGAUAGCGUCUAGGACAAUCGUGGAGCGCUUCCUUGCGGCCUGGCGCGCGACAGGCAUGCAGCGCUUUGGAUGGCUGAUUGGACGGUAUGAGCCCUACGACGAGGUACCUAUGGGCGUGAAGGCGGUUGUUGAGGCAAUUCACGAGCCCCCGCAGGAAGGCGAGCUCGAUGGGCUGAGUUUAGGACUGCCUUGGGAAGAUGAGCCCCGCAUUAGAGCGCUGGCUCAGUCCGCAUCUCCUCCACUGACGGUUGUUGGAUACAUUUUCACGGAUUUGGAUCCAACACCCGAGGACCGGACGAAGAAUGUGUACAAGCGUCAUCCACAAUCCUUUUAUCUGUCCUCGCUUGAAGCGAUUUUCGCGGCGCAUGUGCAAAGGGCCAAUCCGACGUCGUCGCGUGCCUCACCCUCAGGCUUGUUCGCGUCGCGUAUGGUGACGGCAGUGCUAACAGGUACUGCGGACGGUGCAAUUGACGUGUCAGCUUACCAAGUUUCGGAGCAAGCCUGUGCUAUGGUGGAGGCGGAUAUGAUCGAGGCAAGUGUAGAUCCUAACAUUGUGCGCGUUAAGGAAGAGGACAGGAGCCAAGACACAGCCCGCUAUGUCCCGGACGUUUUCUUCACGUAUAAAAACGAAUACGGGCUAGAGGUGAAGAAGAGUGCCAAGCCAUGUUUCCCCGUUGAAUACCUCCUAGUCAACGUAUCCAACGGAUUCCCCCAGAAUCCAUCUCCCCUCUUCCACUCUACGUCCUUCCAAAUUGAGAACCGCCCAGGACUGGAAGAUCAGCACAUCGAGCGUGUCCUGCGCGAGCUGUCGCGUCUGCGAGCACCGGAAAUUCCGGAAAGCUCUCAUGGUGGUGACCCACAACUUCGUGCAGAGCUUGCAAAAUGGCUAAGCGAUUGGCACCUGGUGGCUUUCCUUGGCUCGACGCAGUUGAUAUCUCAUGACGAUAUGCAAGUCUUGGUCCACACGGCGUCUGCGCCCAACGUUGAGGAUCCUACUGCACUGGAUGCGCUGAUCAGGACCGAGAGCUGGCAAACACUGAUGACGUUCACACGCGAGACAGCUCCCCAACGGCCGUCUACCUCCGCACCGUCGGGGUCAUCACAUACGCCUAUGGAUGAGGACAUCCCGCAGGAAGUUUACGACCAAAUUACUCGCGAAAGUGGGGGUCAGGGGGGUGGCCGUGGGAGCAUACGGAUAUGCCCGCACUGCACCUUCGAGAACGCUCAUGGCGGCAGCGAUUGUGAAGUGUGCGGGUUGCCUCUUUGA